AUGAGAAUGCCACCUACCAUCAAGACCGAGGCCGUCACACCGCCGAUGGCCGGCCGGGACGAGACUGAUGGAUUGACGAGCCGAAUGUCGGGGCUGGAUCUCGACGCCUUCCCCACGCCGCCGACGAUUGGCAAACGGCAGUCGAUGGGAUCGCCAACGAAGGUCAAGUUUGAGAAGAGUUUUGACUGGAAGAGUGUGUUCAACGGCAAGAAGGAGGUGAAGCAUGAGAUCGACGAGCCCCAGUCUCAUGCUUCUUGGCCUGCGCCAGUGCAGUAUCCCCAACAGACAGCGCCAUUCCCGGCACCGGUGGCGAAGAGCUUUGAUUUUUCAAAUUUUGGAAGAGACCAGAGCCCUCAAUUUGAACUUCCUGCCCGUAGUCCUGACCAGCCUCCGUUCCCCAUCCCGCAGCGUUCAACCUCCAAGCACAAUCGCGUCAAGUCUUACUCCGGGGGAACGUUCCAUUUCGAAGAAUGCGGCGAACAGGACAUCACUCCACCUACUGCCGAGCUUGAAGGGCCGGCACUGGCGCCCCCAUUGGCCUGCCCUUAUCUCAAGCACGAUCCCAAGACGUAUGGUCAGAGAAGAGGUUGUAGAGGGGCCUCCUUCACCUCUACACACAGGUUGAAAGAACACUUGCACAGGACGCAUAGGCAAAAGCCGAACUGCCCGCGUUGUCGCAUGACGUUUUCCGCAGAGGCCGACGUGCGUGAGCAUCUCAAGUCGCAAUCCCUUUGUGAGGUUCUUGAAGGGGUGUCUGUUGAGGGCUUCGAUGAGGUUCAAGAGAAGCAGCUGAAAAGCAAGAAGCGCGGAAGGGUUGUCAAGUCCGAGCAGGACAAGUGGAGAGAGAUCUACCGGAUACUCUUCCCAGACAGCACCGAGAUUCCCGAUCCUUUAUACAAUCUCGCUUUUGACGACACAACCCCGACUGGCCCUGCUCAGGCAGACCACCAAGAUGCCGAGGCCAUCUUCAAGCAACCGGUUCCUCGCAAACUCGAGGAAGAAACUUUAUCAUUAAUGGAGGACGCUGUAGGUGGUCAGUUGAACACGAAAAAGAGGAGGAAAAUCAUGGACGUCUGCAAGGAUUUCGCGAUCAAGAUGCUUCGAUCGCCGAGGAAAGGCAAGAGUUCCGCGGCAAGAAGCAAAGAUCUUGCCAGAAAAGCGGCAAUCACACAAAGCCCCGAAACUCCAGGAAGCUUAGAUCGGACACGAGGCUCGCCGGAGUCGAGCCACAGACCACGGACAUCAGACGCCCCUGGACCUAUGAUGAUGCUGUCCUUGGACGGCACAAUGAAGACGGGGUCUAAGGCAGCGCCAGAGACCGGACUCUCGACAAUGGAUACUCAUUGGACUCUUCCGGAACAGGGUGGGUUCGACAUGGGCCAGGAAUUUGAUUUCAGUGACUGGCCUCUGUGGAAUCAAGCGCUUGCGGAGGGAUCAAGCUAUGGCUGGUCCAAUAGUGGCAUGGGAUCUCCGUACAAGAUGACUUUCGAGGAGGCGCAAGUGCAUUCGGAUAACCAAGGAUAUGAGGGUGUGCCCUUGAUGAGUCACGACACAAAUACCCAGGGUUCAAGUGGAGUUGUUGGAGUGAACAGUUACUGA